CAAACACUCUACGCAACAAGCCAACGCAACAUGCCGAGAAAGCCGAGAUGUCGCGCCAUCAAGUUCAAGCCAUUGUCGCCACCCAGAGUGACCCGUAGCCUCUCCAACCAGCGCCUUAACGAUGCUGACAAGACUGCCAUGGCUCUUCUCAUAUCCAUAGCGUGCAAGACCCAUGCAACUGGCAAGAAAUACGGGUCAAGGAGCUUCCGCGAACCAGACGACGACCGCAAGCUCGCCUCGCUCCUUGCCUCGGCCCUCAAGAUCAACCUGGCGCAGACCAGCUCACCACCAAUGGCUGAUGCAAUAAGCACAACACCAUCUUGGGCGACACCUGCUUCUCCACUGAAGCCCCCGGCAACUGUGGCCUCGACAUUUUCCCCGAUGUCGAAAGGCGAGAACGAAAGUCCCAAGCGUAGGAAACGCGAGCCCAUCAAGUUGCCACCUGGCGCUGGCGCAAAACUAAGUACCAAGGACUUGAAACGUUUGAAAAACCGAGUUUCGGCCGCACGCGUACGUCAGCGCUCGCAACAGUGCGUCCUGGCGUUGCAAGACCAACUUGAGCACUAUCGAUCGCGCUGUGAAUUCUUGGAAACUGUGGUGUUUGGUUGCACCACAUGCGCAAGCCUCAGCACGGCGCAGCUUGGUGAUAUCGAGCUUCUGCCGGCCGGGUUCAAGGUCAAAAUGGAGACGAAGGAUGAAGAAGAUCUUGGCGACGACACCUCAAUAUUUCUCACGGAAGCCGAGUGCGUUGUGCUCCACGACGUACUACACAACCGAUAA